AAUUUAAUUUUUCAGUCAGAUCCAGAACCAGUCGUUUUGUGUUCCAUCUUAUCUCUUUCUAAAGUUUCAUCUUUUCUUUCUGAACUUUUCUCACGAGCUUUUUUCCCUUUCUUGUUUAAUGAUUCCAAAGAUGUAAUCAUUUGUAUCUUGAAUAAUCAAAGCUAUAUUCUUUUCAAGCGUUUAUCUUCAUCUUUACAAUGGCUCGAGUCAGAAUGAGCUUUACGUUCCAGGGUCCUAUAUCUAUCUACCUGGAGUCCCUCAGCAACGAUCCUCCUGCUUUCUAGGUUAAGUCUGAGUUAACAUAACCACGACAACAUGGAGAAACGAGACCGCCUUCUGGACAUCCCCUGCCGUGUCUGUGGGGACUGUAGCUCGGGGAAGCACUAUGGAAUAUACAGUUGUGACGGCUGUUCAGGAUUCUUCAAACGCAGCAUCCAUCGUAACCGAGUCUACACAUGUAAAGCUCAAGGAGAUUUGAAAGGAAAAUGUCCCAUCGACAAGACCCACAGGAACCAAUGCCGAGCUUGUAGGCUUAAGAAAUGUUUCGAGGCUCGUAUGAAUAAAGACGCUGUUCAACAUGAGCGAGGUCCGAGAAAGUCUCGGUUUGAAGACAGAUCUGCACCUGCCAAAGGAAGGACCAAAACUGGAAGUACAAAUUGUGGAUCCAAAUUACGGCAUCCUUUGGAGAUUAGCAAUCUAUCGACUUCCAUAGUAGCAUCAGUCGGAGUUUCCAGUUCUCAGUCCUCCAUGAUGUUCAACACGAGAGAGAACAUCUCAGCGACACCAUCCUCCGCCUUCGUCGGAGCUGCAUCAUCGGGUUUGUUACAGAUGUUGCUCAACGCAGAGAAGUCUCAGGAGCUCAUGUGGAAUACAGCCCAACUGAACUCUGCCCUUACACGUAUCAACCCCAGUUUCAGCUUAGGCACUAUACUAACUGACAACCGUUCUUCGCUUCCCAUGCAGUCGCAUUUUUUCUAUCAAACCUCCUGUCCUGCCUCCUGCGCCAGCCAACUUGGAAUGUUCCCGACAUUUUUACCAGCCACUACCACCGGACGAGGAGAGUCUUUACAGGAGAUGACAGCUCGACUACUCUUUAUGGUCAUCCGCUGGGUCAAGUGUCUCCCCACUUUUCAGACACUGAGCAAGCCUGACCAGGUCACCUUACUUGACGAAUCGUGGAAGGAUUUAUUUUUACUGAAUAUGGCACAGUGUUCAGUCACGACGGACAUUCUGUCCAGUUUAUCCACACCGAAACUAGUCACACUCCAAACAGACUCUAUUCCUAAGACCGGUGAGCUACAAUCACAGGUCUCUGACCUCCAUUUCAUACAAGAUGUCAUGAGGCGGUAUCGUCAGCUGUCUCCAGACUUCACUGAAUGUACUUGUCUUAAAGCAAUUGUGCUGUUUAAACCAGAAACCGUAGGCUUAUGUGAGAUAUAUCCUGUUGAGAUGUUACAAGAUCAAGCACAAUGCCUUCUGGGAGAUUACGUCAGACACAAAUAUCCUCGACAGCCGACUAGGUUUGGACGUCUUCUUCUUUUGGUACCUUGUCUUAGGGCCGUUAAGGGAGGGAUGGUGGAGAAGAUGUUUUUCAGAGACACUGUCGGAGACACUCCCAUUGAAAGACUUCUGGAAGACAUCUAUCAUAUGGAAAAGACAGAGUGA